AUGAACAGUAUGGCUCCUGGACACCAGUCAGCCCAUGGCGAACCACCACCUUGCUACAACUGUGGCAUGAGAGGUCACAUAUUUACCGCCUGCCCUGAGCCAACCAGGGAUGUUCCAGCAGGCCUAGAGGCUUCUCGAGCGCGCCAGCAAGCUGGUGGUAGCCGAGGUGAUGACCAUCCCAACAAGAGACAUAAGGGUCCGAUUGUGACGCGUUACACGCAUCCAAGUCAGCAGGGCCCGCCCAUGAACCCGUACCAACCGUCGCCAUCAGCCCAACCAUAUCCGUACAGCCAACCACCGCCUCAUUGGCCUCCGGCUCAGGUCCCUCCGCCCUUUCAGGGACAUCAUGGCGCCAGCUAUCCAUCUCAGCAGGGAUAUUCCGACAUUUAUGGCCCUCCUCCCCAGCCCUUCAGCGCACCACCCUAUGCCCAGCCCUUCCACCAGCAGUAUGGACCACCUGGAGGCCCACCCGGUGCCGCUCGUCCCCCGAUGCAUUUUGCAUCUCCAAGUCAUGCGCAGCAAGGGCCUCCACAACCGUACGGCCCUCCGUCACAUUAUCCUCCACAAACCGGUUAUGGAUACCCAGGUCCACCGCAAGGCUACCCCCCCGGGCUACCCCAUGCUCCUCCGCAAGGCUACCCGCUGCCGGAUUACAGGUCGUUUCCGGGACCGCCGCCGCCAAGUUUUCCGGUCAAUCCACCCGCGGGCGUGUCACGAAGCCACGAGCCACAUAGACAAGAACUGGAUUCAUCGUUCUCGGACCGCCGUAAUGACCGGUGGGGCGACGAGCGACAUCCACGAGGUAGAAGGCGGGAUCACCAUGAUGAUCGACGACCGACCGUUGGGCACGACCAUAGUGGAUAUAGUCGAGGACACUCCAAUGACGGUAGUUGGUCUAAACGCGGGCGGAGAGAUGAUCGCCGUAGAGGCGAUAGGCAUCAUGCUCGGCGCCACGGCAAUGUGGACGAAAGACAUCGCUCGCAGAGCAGGCCGCGCAGCGACAGCCACCAUCUAACACAGUCACACAAUACUCCGUCUCAAGGUACGCCCAGUGUAACAGCCGACGGGGAGUCACAGCAGCCACCUACGCUCGAAGCCCUACAGAAAACUGAUCGCUUCGUUGGACCACCGUCUGCGGUAGAUAAUUUGGUGGUGAAGGCUGAGGAUGGAGCCAGCAACGCAAGUAGCUCUCCAGUGCACACCGAAAGUGGCAAUGGCGGAACAUCUCAGAGCAGUAGUAGCCAUCUGCCAGAUGAAGACUUCCAAUGGGAACUGGAAAAGGCAUUUGCUGAAGCGCCCUCGGACCACAAAGCAGAUGCCAUUGCUGAACCCUUACCCGGGGACUACUCGGAAGACAUCUUACUCCCGCCUGCGUUUGAUGCUAAAUGUGUAAAAUCCAAGUAUGCCACAUCGGCUAACCUUGACGAUUUUGCGCUUAGCAUCCGUGAUACCAAUCAAUGGUCCAAAUACCGCCAGCAUCCUGCCUUCCUAGAGCCUUCGGAGGUAUCUCUGCAGAGUCUGGAUGCAUACAUCAAAUCCAUCAAGAGCCACGGGACCCGCAAUGAUCGACGUGGUAGGAAUCAAGCCCGACAGCGGGAACACCGUGACCAUAUAGACCGAGAUCAGCGGUCCUCCGGCAAUCAGCGUAAACGGAAAUGGGCGGACCAACAACAUCCAAUAAACAAGCCAGACCACGGUCUGACCUCUCAUUCACCGUUCGCUCAAGUAGAUCAUUACCGCCAUCCGGCAAAAGAGACAUCCCCGGAACCGGGGGAAAUCAGUGAUUCCGCGCCACAAGCGUUCGAAGACUUCCCGCCUCACAUUACUACCAUUCCACCGACUGAUAUCGAUUUUCCACGAUGGGCAGAUAGCCGCGAGACAAUCUCUCACUAUGAUCUUUCGAAGCCCCGGCCUCCGAGGGAAGUGCGAGACUAUCACGAACUAGAUCGUUAUCAUCGCAGCUCGGAUUCUAGAAUGUUCCGUAAUGGUGACGCCUACAACUCGGAACCCAGCUUACGCUUCGAGAGAUCUCGAAGCCCAGGCUCUAGAGAUCGAUGGGCUAGGGAUAGUAGUCCAGGCUACAGGCAGGACUAUACAAGGCAUGGCAGCCGCGGUGCUACGGCGUCCUCUGGAGAGCCCGCGCGGGAUCUUAUUCAAGAACGCGUUGAUGCUAUGUUCCAGGUGCCUUCUUCGGAUUAUAUACAACAGAAGGUCACUGAGUUUCAUGCUCGAUCCAGAGACAGGUCACCAUCACCGCAUCCACGGCCUGCUCGGCGACCGUCAAGCAGACGGCACUCUAAGGUUUCAGGUACCGGUGAUCGCCCAGAAAGUCGUCACGGACCAUCAAGCCGCCGUUCUUCAAUAGGUAACAACUCGCAAAUCGAGUCUGUAGGGUCGCCUCUAACGCCCCUUGAGGCGGAGCUGCUUGGACUGGCAGGCGCGUCCGAUGAUGAAUCUGGCAACAAAUCACCCAAACGUCAAGAAGAUACCCACCCGCCCAAAUUCAAGCGCAAGCGUGCCAAGGUGGAUUCGGCCUAUAGUCGACGAUGGUAG